AUGAAGAGUAAGUACAUUCUGUGUCCGCUGGACUGGCAAAUUGACCAUUUUUUCUGUACUGCUGAAAUACUUUAUGGUUUUGUGGAUACUGAUGUCUACAGUAUCCUCUUUUGUUACCACGAUGAGGCAGACAACUGUAAGCUGCUGGACGAUGAGUAUAUCCCUUCUGAAACCAUUAAACCAAUGUCACCAUGCAACUUUACCAUGAGUCAAAACUUCAGUCAGUACAGCUUCUCCUGGAAAAACUCCUAUGAGGAAUACAGAGACUUCACAAACCUUUACCAAGAGUUGAGAUAUCAGCUGCGUUUCUAUCAAAAAGGACAAGAGUUCAAUGGGAGUGCCCAUAAUGUUAUUGUGGACGAAAAAACAUAUACUAUUCCAGAUGGUAUUUUAAUGCCCGACUCUGAGUAUGCCGCCAAGGUCCGGUCCAGACCCAACCAGGUUCAUUACAAAGGACAUUGGAGUGACUGGUCCACAGAGAUCUACUGGACGACUGGAGAGGAAAACAAUCCCCUCACCAUACACCUGGGAAGAGUGCUUAUAUCUUAUGUUAUGCCUGUCUGCAUUGGUGUCAUUUUGGUGCCAUUUUUCCUAAUUUUAUGUUUCAUUCCUGUUAAAAAGUGGAAACUGAAAACUUUCAUCCCAACUCCAGAGCCUUAUUUUCACACUCUAUAUACUGACUGCCAUGGAGAUUUUAAGAGUUGGGUAGUGAUGGAGCAAAUCAUGGAGUUGCCAAAGACAGAAAAAAUUGUCCACAUUGACAAAAUGUUGGAGUCUGAUAUUUGUGAGGCAGCCCCCAGCCCCCCUCAGAGCACAUAUGCCAACGUGAGCCAGUCUGUGGCUGCUUUACUGGAGGAGGGUCUCCCUUACACCGUGAGUACAUCGGGGCUGGACUCUGCUACAGCCAGCUGUACCAGUGCUUACCUCAGCCCACAGUCCAGGAGUCCUGCAGAGGGGGACUCUGGCUGCUGGCUCAGCAGUGACCACUCUCUAGAGAGGGGCCCCUCCUGGUACUGCAACGACUACUGCACCCUCAGUACCUUCCAGCAGUCUGCACUGGGUACAAGCGAGCCACUAAAAUAUGGCACGCAUAUGAUGGGAUUUGAUGAAAUAAAGGAAAUUGAUAUCUACUGA